AUGUAAAUUAAAAUCCAAUAAUACAAAUAACUGAAACAAAUACUGUAAAAAUAAACAAAGAAAAAGAGUUUGAAUUUGACCUUGCAUUCGACACCGAAAAGAUCCUAAAAAGAUAUAUUCGAAUAAUCAAUAAAAUAAUUAUUAGAUAAAUUUUAUUAAGGCCAAAAUGCUGCAAUACUAGCUUAUGGUUAAACAGGGUCAGGUAAAACAUAUACAAUGGGAACAUAAGCAAAUCUGGAAGAAGAAACAAAAGGCAUAAUACCUCGAGCAUUAGAAGACAUAUAUAAAUAUAUAAAUAAUCUUUAAAGUCAUGAUGAAGAGACAGAAUAUCAACAACCAAUAAAAAAGACUCUAAGUAUAUCAUACAUAGAAAUCCACAAUGAAAUUAUUAUAGACCUUUUGGAUAAAUCGAAGUCUUCAAAUAUCCAAAUUCGAGAACUAAAUGACGGAAAGUCAAUAUCUCUGACAGGAAUAACAGAACAAUCUUCUUUUUCAAUAGAAAAUGCUCUAUAAAUUCUCCAAAAAGGAGCAUUGAAUCGUUCUACUUCGGCAACUUUAAUGAAUGAAACAAGUUCUCGUUCUCAUGCAAUAUUUACGCUUUAUUUAACUUAGUAAAAAAUGGACGAAAGUGUUCUUACAAGUAAAUUUCAUUUUGUUGAUUUGGCUGGAAGUGAACGAAUUAAAAAAACAGGAGCAUCCGGAUGUACCCUAAAGGAAGGGAUCAAUAUUAAUAUGGGACUUUUGUGUUUAGGGCAAGUUAUUUUUGCACUAACUGAAUAAAAAAAAGGACAAAAAAUUCAUGUGCCGUAUCGUGAUUCAAAAUUGACGAGAAUCCUUUAGGAUAGUUUAGGAGGAAAUAGUAAUACUUUAAUGAUAGCUUGUGUAAGUCCAGCAGAAAGUAAUGUAGAAGAAAGCUUGAAUACAAUAAAAUAUGCUUGCAGGGCUAGGUAAAUUAGAAAUAAACCAGUUAUUAAUUUUGAUGCUAAUACAAUCUAAAUGAAUUUAUUAAAAGAAUAAUUGAUGGAGAGUUAAAAUGAAAUAUUUAAGCUUAGGAAAAUGAUGGAAGAAUAAAAUUUUGGAGUAAUCAAUGAUUUGGACUUUUUGAAAGUUAUUUAAGAAAAAGAUUAGUUAUUACUUUAAAAAAGUCAAGCUCUUCUUAUUGUUAAUAAUAAUUAUAAACAUAAUUAAAGUUUGUGUUAAUAAAUAUUGAAUGCUUUUUAAAAAUAAGAGGAAGAGGAUUAAAUUUCAAACGAAAAUUAAAGUUUUUAAUUAGAAACUAUUUAAAAAUGUUAGAGCUUGUAAAUAGAAUUGAAUAGUGUAAAUUAGGCGUAUAAUUAAUUAAUGAAAGAAUACGAAAAUCUUACUAAUAUGUGUAUUUAAUAAGAAAAAAUGCAUUUAGAAAAAGACAGAUAAAUAAAAAUUCUUAAAAAAUAAUUACUAUAAUUAAAAGAACAGUAUUAAGAAAAAACAUAACAAUCAGAAUUAUAAUAAGAAGAUGAAGAAGAAGAUGAAGCUGAAAUUUUAAAUGAAGAAGAUUUUAAAGAGAUUGAAAAUGAUCCCAAUUAUGCUUUGAUUUAAAAAAAAAUGGAAGAAUUUGAAAACACUAAAAAGACUAUAAAUCAAUAAAUAAAAGCUCGAAAUGAAGAAAUGCGUAUUCUUCAUAAAGAAUAACUUGUUAAUUAAGAAAAAUUACUAUAAAAAAUGAAAGAGAAAUCAUUUUAGAAAAUAAACUAAAUGGAAAAUGAGGAAAGAAUGCCUGAUAAAAGUGAAUUUGCAAAAGGAAAAAUGUAAGAACUUUAAUAAGAAAUAUAAAAAAAUAAAUAAAAAUUAAAAGAAUAAUCAAAAUUGUAAAUGUAAUGUAAAAAUUAAGAAAAUAAAAUAAAAGAAUUGGCUAAUUAAAUACAAAAAUUGAAAGAUUUAAAAAUUUAUUAUUGUAAGGAAAUGAAAAAAACUAAUGAUGAAUUUUAAAAAUUUAAACAGUAAAAAAUUUAAGAUUUAAUUAAAGAAAAAAGAAAAAAUACUUAAUUUUAGACAGAAAUUUUUAAACUUUAAAAUUAAGCGAAAAUUGCGAAAUUUAAACUGGCAAAAAAUCAAUAAUAAAUUUAAAAACUUUCAAAAACUCAGUAAAUUAUUUCUAAAAUUAAUAAAAAAGUUUCACUUAAAACUUCAUAAAAUAUAUAAUUUGAGUCAAUUAUGCCUUCCAUUUUUGGAAAAAUUAGUUCUUCAGCUGAAAUUAGUAUUUAAAUUUGUAAAGAAGAAUAAUAACUUUUACAAACUUAGGCCUAAAUAGAAGAAGAAUAAGCCAAAUUUAUAUAAAUUAAAGUAUAAAAUCCUUAUAAUACAGCAGAAUUAGCAAAAAAGAAUUAGGCUUUAUAAGCUGAAUUAUAAGAAAAGGAGAAAUAUAUCGAAUAAAUAAAAGAAUUAGAGAAUUUAAUACAGAAAAAUAUGCAAGAAAUAAACGAAGAAACCGAAAUAACUGAAGAAUUUGAAGAAAUGGAAGAAGAAUAAGAAGAAGGCGAAAAUUUUUUUUUCGGAAAAAAUAAAUAAAUUCAACAAUUAAAAUUUAAAAAAAGAAAAGAAGAUGAAGAAAAUGCAUCUUUAAAAAAAAUAAAGAAAAAACCAAAUAAUAUAUAAGAUAUUAUAAAAAUGUAUUAAAAAACGAUUUCUGAUUUAUAAAGAAAGCUAAAAUAAUCAGAAAUUCGAGAAAAGAUUCUCAAAAAAAAGAAUGAAACUCUAUAAACUAAAUGUAUUGACAUCAAAAAAACAUUCUGUAAAGAUAAAUAUAUAGGAAUAGAUGAAAAAAAUCCUUUAAAUAAUAUUACUAAUAACAUUUCUUUACCUAAUCUGACUUCUUAUAAAGAUAAAAGGAAAGAAAAUUUACUUAAUAAUAACUAUUCUGAAUAAACACUUUCUUUUUAAAAAUAAAUCUAAAUUCUAGAUAAAAUCACAAAUUAAGAAAUCUUCAAAUUCUCACAUUAAUAAGACCUAAAUUUAAAUACUUCUUCAUCUGAAAAAAAGGAAGAACCUGAAUUUUGUUUUUCAGAAGUAACAAAUAAUAAUGCAAAUAAUAAUUCUUUUUAUUCUAAAAAAUAUGAUAUUGUAUGUAAAUUUGAGGGUCAUUAAGCCUAAAUAUUUGCCUUAAAAAAUUACUAAAACAUCCUUUUUUCCACAUCCGCUAAAAGCCUUAAAUUUUGGGAUAUUCCAACGUCUAAAUGUAUAACGGAAAUUCCUCAAGCAUCCAAUUUUGUCAAAGGAUUGGCAGUUUUUCCUUAAGAAAAUUGGGUUAUUACAUCAGCAGAUAAAUAUACGAAUAUAUGGGAUGUAAGAAAUUCAUCUAAAAUAGCAACUUUAAAAGGCCCAAAUGAUGAAAUUAAAUAAAUUUUUUUUAAAAAUCAAACAUUAUAUACUGCAGGAAAAGGAAGUAAUAUUUAAGGGGCAUUAGUAUUAUGGGAUAUGAGAAAAUAAUAAAUUAUUGAAGAAAAAGAAAAAACCAAGAUAUUUUUGCACUUCUUUCUUCCAAAAAUAUACUUUAUUAUGGAAGUAGGGAUCAUUAUGUACAUAGAAUUCCUGAAAAUCCUAACUUUUUUUCUCCUGAAUUUUCCACAAGUUUAGAACCUCCACAUUAUGAUAUUGUAACUUCUCUUUCUAUUCUUAAUUAAAAUAUUGUUUCGGCUUCUAAAGAUAGAAAUAUUAAAUUUUGGAAUCAAAAUACGGGAAGUCUUAUUCAUACUAUUUAUUCUAAUGAACAAAUAAUUUGCCUAGAGAAUAACUAAGAUUAUACACUUAAUUAUGUAGGGUAUAGGAAUGGAAAAAUAAGAGUUUUGGGCGAAUUUUCUAAUUAAAAGUUUAAAGACGUGGCUGAAAUCGAUAGUGGAUUGUAGUAAAUUAAUUGCAUUUCUUAAAUUUAAAACGAUUCUAAUGUUUUUGCUUGUGGAUCUUAAGAUAAAUUUAUUAGGUUAUGGAAAUAAAUUGAUGAUUCGGAUUGAAUUUUUUUUUUUUAUGAAUAUAGUAUUUAUACUAAUUUUAUAUAUUAUAACUAUAAUAUUAAAUUAUCUAAUUUAUAUUUUAUAAAUUACAUUUUUAAUAAUAUUAUUUAUUAAAAUGUAUUUAUUUUUAAAAUUUUACAUAUUUAUUUUUUAAUUAUAAGAUUUUAUUAUGUUAAUUUUUAUCAAAAUUAAGUUUAUAAUAAAUAAUUUUUUAAUAACUAUUAAUAAUAAAUGUAUUUUAAAAAUAUUAUUUAUAGUACUUAUUAACUAUUUAAUAAUAAGCAUAAAUUAAAUAAUUAAAAAAGUAAAUAUAUUAAACUUAUAUAUAACAAUAUAAAAAUUAAAACAUAUAAUAAUAUAUUUAUAAUAAUGCAAAUAGAUAACAAUUUAAUAUAAAAUAAUAUAUAAUUUUUUUUUUUUGAAAUUACAAUCUAAAAAAAUACGUAAUCUAAAUAAUUCUUUAUGA